AUGUCUGGUCGCAAGGAUUUCCUGUCGCAACAAGCGCCAGAGAACUACGUUGCUGGUCUUGGUCGAGGUGCGACGGGUUUCACCACACGAUCAGAUCUUGGACCAGCACGAGAAGGACCCAGCGAAGAGCAGAUCAAGGAAGCGCUCGCAAAGCGCGCCGCUCAACUCGGCAAUGCGCCGCCAACCGCAUACGGAGUAGGCAAGAAGAAGGGCGACGACGAGCCGGAGGAAGACCAGUUUCAAGAUGCUGAGAACGAAGAGGGACUGUUUGCGACAGGCAACUAUGACCGGGACGACGAUGAGGCAGAUCGGAUAUACCAGAGCGUGGACGAGCGCAUGGACAAGCGGCGAAAGGCUCGAAGGGAAAUACGUGAGCGCGAAGCUCGAGAGGAGUACGAGCGUAACAAUCCGAAAAUCCAACAACAGUUUGCCGACCUUAAACGAGCUCUUGGGACGGUUACCGAUGAUGACUGGGCGAGCAUACCGGAAGUUGGAGACCUGACUGGCAAGAAUCGGCGAAGCAAGCAAGCAGCAAGAGGUCAAAGAUUCUACGCUGUGCCGGACAGCGUGCUAGCUGGAGCGCGAGACACAUCGCAGAUGGGCACUGAAGUACAAGAAGAUGGCAUGGCAACGGAUGCGCCGAAUGGAAGUGCUGGCGACCAAGCGGACGGAACAAUGACAAACUUUGCGGACAUCGGAGCGGCCAGAGACAAGGUGCUGAAGGUGCGGCUGGACCAGGCCGCGCAAUCACAAACACCGUCUGGCACGGAGACGACGAGCGGCACAAGUACGAACAUUGACCCUAAAGGCUAUCUUACUUCCCUCAGCAAGUCCGAGAUCAAGGCCGGCGAGAUCCAAGUUGGCGAUGUCAAGCGUGCGCGAGUAUUGCUCGAAUCCGUCAUCAAAACCAACCCCCGUCAUGGGCCAGGAUGGAUUGCUGCGGCUCGGUUAGAGGAGUACGCUGGCAAGAUCGUGGCGGCGCGGAAUGUUAUCAGACGCGGUACUGAGAUGUGCCCAAAGAGCGAGGACGUCUGGUUAGAAAGCAUCCGGCUCAACGACAACCACAACGCCAAGAUCAUUGCGGCGAAAGCCAUCGAAAACAACGAUCGAUCGGUGCGACUGUGGGUCGAGGCGAUGAAGCUGGAGACAGUGCCGGCCUCAAAAAAGCGAGUGUUGAGGAAGGCGUUGGACCACAUCCCACAGUCGGUGGCCAUCUGGAAAGAAGCUGUCAACUUGGAAGAGAACCCUGAAGACGCCCGACUACUGCUCGCUAAAGCCACCGAAAUCAUCCCGCUGUCCGUCGAACUUUGGCUCGCACUGGCCCGACUUGAGACGCCCGAACAAGCUCAGGUUGUGUUGAACAAGGCUCGCAAGGCUGUACCUGCGAGCUACGAGAUCUGGAUUGCGGCCGCACGUCUGCAGGAGCAGACUGGUCAGAAUGCCAUGGUGUUCAAGGUCAUAGAAAGAGGUAUCAAGGCUCUUGCACGAGAGUCGGCCAUGCUCAAGCGGGAGGAGUGGAUCACCCAAGCAGAACUCUGCGAGGAGGAGGGUGCGCCACUGACCUGUCAAGCUAUCGUCAAAGAGACGCUGGGUUGGGGCUUGGAUGAAGAUGAUGACCGUAAGCAGAUCUGGUUGGACGAUGCGAAGGCUUCCACCGGACGAGGACGAUACGAAACUGCGAGAGCGAUCUUCGCCUACGCCAUCAGGGUCUUCUACAACCGCAAGAGCGUCUGGGUCGCAGCUGCAGACUUGGAGCGGCAGCAUGGCACGAAGCAAGCACUUUGGGACCUGCUUGGCGAGGCUGUGAAAAGCUGUCCAACAAGUGAAGUGCUAUGGAUGCAGCUGGCGCGGGAAAAAUGGGAAGCUGGCGAGCUCGAUGAGGCGCGGAAAGUUUUGGGUCAAGCUUUCAAGCAGAAUGAGGGCAACGAAGACAUUUGGCUCGCGGCUGUGAAGCUUGAGGCGGAUAACGGCGAGACCGACAAGGCUCGAGAACUGCUUGCCACCGCGAGGAGCCAGGCCGGGACGGACAGGGUCUGGAUCAAGUCGGUCGCCUUCGAGCGCCGUCCCGAUGACAAGGAUCGAGCAUUGGAGCUGGUCAACCAAGGUCUGCAGAUCUACCCUAAGACGGCCAAGCUGUGGAUGCAGAAGGGCCAGAUUUACGAGAGCAAGAAUAUGCUACCGCAAGCGCGCGAGGCCUACAAUACUGGCACACGAGCGUGCCCUCAGAGUGUCGCGCUGUGGCUGCUUGCGUCUCGCCUCGAGGAGAAGAUGGGUGUUAUGGUCAAGGCUCGUUCUGUGCUCGACAGAGCAAGGCUGGCGGUGCCGAAGAACCCAGAGCUGUGGACCGAGACCGUGCGGCUGGAGUACCGAGCAAAGAACAUGCCGGCCGCAAAUCAAAAGAUGGCGCAAGCACUCCAGGAAUGCCCAACGUCCGGGCUCGUCUGGAGCGAGCGCAUCUGGCACCUCGAAGCCCGCACGCAACGCAAACCUCGUAUCCUCGAAGCUAUUCAGAAAGCUGACAACGACCCCAUCCUCUUUGUCACCGCUGCCCGAAUCUUCUGGGGCGAGCGGAAGCUGGAGAAGGCGGACUCCUGGUUCCAGAAGGCUGUCAUUCUUGAUCCUGAUUAUGGUGACACCUGGGGCUGGUAUUACAAGUUUGCGCUGAUGCAUUCGACGGAGGAGAAGAAAGAGGAUAUCGUGAAUCGAUGUGUGCAGAACGAGCCGAAGCAUGGUGAGGUGUGGCAGGAAGUGAGGAAGAAGCCUGAGAAUGCGAGCAUGGGUACGGAGGAGAUUCUGAAGACUGUGGCGAAGAUUCUGGAGUAG